UCAGUAAACUGAAGAAUUGCCUGAAGAAACAUUACCGACUGAGAGUGCACUGUUGUCAUAGGAUGGCGACCCCGGCGUGUAAGGAGGAGAUCAGCAAGGAGUGGCUGCAGGUCAUUCUUACUCAGUACGAGUCAAGGUCAAAACCGAAGACCUCUGUGGCCGUUACGAGUUUCGAGGUCAACCCGGGAGUUGGCCCUGGAGAAAAUUUCAGUUCUCAGUUAUUGAAGAUCGUCGUUGAAACACAAGUAAGCCACGGCGACCAGGAAGAGCACACCGCCAAAACAUAUAACUUGCUUGCAAAGUUCAUGCAAGGAAACGGAUUUAUUCGCGAGAUGGGAAAAACCACGAAUGCACCCUUAAAGGAGAUUAUGAUCUACAGUGACGUUAUACCCGCUCUCAAUCAGUUUCAGUCUGAAAGAGGUGAUGGCAGCAAUCAGGUGGAUAUUCCAGGUUUUGUUCACGGCGUGUGUGUGGAAGGUGAAUAUGUGUUGGUGAUGGAGGACAUAAGGCUCUCAGGAUAUAUGAACAACAAUAAGACCAAAGGACUCAGCUAUAAACAAAUACUAAUGGCUACUGAAAAGUUAGCUACAGUUCACGCUGUGUCUUAUGCCUAUAACAAAUUUCAUGAUUUUACAAAUAAGUUUCCUCCAUUCAGAUAUCUAGAGAUAGUUCCUCGUCAGUUUCCGCUCUUUGUAAUGACCUUUUAUGACCUGUGCAUAAAACACUUAGAAAAGGUUAAAUACAACGAGAAGACUUUAGAAAAGCUACGCACCAACCGAGCUGCUGUAAAGCGGCGAAUCAAGUCGUUACUUCUCCCUCAGAAUCAAAAAAUCAAAUGCCUUUGCCACGGAGACUACUGGAACAACAACUUCAUGUUCAGAUCAGACAGAGCGGAUGGCCUAAGCGACCCAGACGCCAUCAUGCUCGUCGACUGGGGCAAUACACAGUGGUAUACCCCCGUCCUAGACCUUCAGUACUUGAUCCACACAUCCACCCAGCUCGACUUCAGAAGGGAACACCGCGAGGAAAUUCUGCAACACUAUCACUCUGUGUUUACUGCCGUAACUACUAAGUUGGGAGCACCUGUUCCCUCCUGGACGUUCAACGUUUUCAAAGAGGAAUGUCAAAAGGCAAGAAUAUUCGGCGUGGUGAUGGGCAUGACUGUUAACUUAAUCACUUUAUCAAAGCAGAAUCAAACGGGGCCCCUGGUGCAGACGAAACCCGUAAACUCAUCCAGCUUGGGUUGGAGAAUCAGCUGUCGUCUCGGGAAGAUAAUGGCACCUCUAUUCCUCAGCAAAAUGAUGCAGCCUUUGACGCGGGCUUUUCUCUCCAAGUGGAUGGAGCCCAAUUUUAAUGAACUGACCACGGGGAAGAAUGAAAUUCUGAAUCAACGUUUUUAUGACCUACUCGUUGAAGCUGAUGCGGAUGGCGUCUUUGACAUUUAGGAAGGUUGAACGCAGGAUGACUUACCUUUCAAAGGCAUUUCGUCAGAUACAACCCUAUUCAUUUAACUCUUUUUUUGUAAUGAUUAUGAUGUUAUCUUUUUUAUUUUGUUUGAUAUAAUGAUUUUAUAUGACAGUGGACAAAUGCAAUGAAGUCUUUUUUGUAUUAUAUGCAACAAUUUUAUUGUGUAAAUAUAUUAUAUAAUUCUUUAUCAUGACAUAUUUGUAUGCAAAUCUGCAUGUAUAUUUGUAUAUGU